AUGACUUUUGACCUUGGAUUAAUUGUUGGGAAUCCCUUUUAUCUUGCCACUUUAGGCUUGGCAGCAGUUGGCUGGAUCGUAGAAUUCGCCGGUGCUGCCGCCUCUCAAAUUAAGGGUGUUCUUUGGUUCUAUAUAAUUUAUGAAUUGUUUCUUAUAACUGGUAUUGUCAUUGUAACUUUUUUGGGUAUUAGUAUAAUUUUUCAUAUCCCAAUAAUUGACAAUUUCAUCGGAUUAUCUUUUUCUGCAUUUCAAGCUUUCGCUGCUGGUGCUCUUUUUGUUACUAUUGUUUCGUUUGUUUGGGUGAUUGCUUUCGGAGCAGAAGAUGGCUCCCUGGUUGGAGACACCAUAAGCUCAUGGUCCAUUAAUAAACCUGCUAAUCCGAGAAAUGUACAUCCGGAUGUUGGUUUUCCUCCAGGUGUUCAACUAAACCCUGGACAAAUACAGAUGACAACUAUGCAAGAUCAAGUAGUUGUAUCUCCUAAUGCUGAUUAUGCUUACAAAGCAAAAGCUUUAUAUGAUUAUCAAGCAAGUCUCGAGGAUCAAACUGAACUUUCAUUUAUUAAGGGUGAAAUCCUUGAUAUUGUAGAUAAUAAAGGUAAAUGGUGGCAAGCAAAGAAAGCAGAUGGUACAGUCGGUAUAGCACCAAGCAAUUAUGUGAGUGUUUUUGUUAAAUAUAAGACCUAA